AAAGGUAUGUGAACUAUACACUAAAUUUGCUAAUAAUAAUUGUAAAUGGUACUAGCAAAUACCUAGCAAGCACGGAACAGAGAAUACAGGCUAUAAUGUGGGGGUUGAAAUGGAGAGAUUUCUUCUGAUUUUUAUCCAGAUGCCCAGGGAUGAUUUCCCCCUCCCCUAUUUCCCAGGUUUUGAUGCUUUGAUUCCCUUCUACUAUCUGUGCACAGCACAUGAUAAACACGAAGGUGUUUAGAAGCUUGAUGACAUGCCACCAACAGUACAUUUUGAGCCUCUGUAGUGCAGGUCCAUUACACUUCGUACCAAUUCUUGGGUGCUUGUUCAGGUAUAAACCAAUUAACUAAAUGUAGGUUUCUCUUUCUUGAGGUUCAUCGGCAGCUCUGAGGCUUGUGUAGACUCUUUCAUUGCCCAGUCUAGAAAGGAAAGAAUACACAGCAGUGGCCAAAUUAACUGAUAGUCUGUGAUCUCAGCAACACAACUACUGGACAAGGUUCUAGGGAAAAAUUCUUUGCAAGUUUCUCCAAAGACCAUGUGGCUGUUUGGUAUAAAGUGACCCCUUAUGGAAAUGUAGAUGAGGCUGCUUAUCUUUCAGAACUAAAACCGUGACUAGCUUGGUAAACCAGAGACCCUGCGUACUUGCUUUUGAAUAGAAGAGGAGGGUUGGAACAUACUCAAAGAAAUAUUCUGUCCACCUUGCAGUUUGUCUUCAAAGUGAAUUUUCUGGGAAAAAAAUUACCCAAAGAAAACUUACAACCUUCCUUAGUGUCCACAAUACUACAUGACCUACCUGUCUUGUUGCUAGCAUCUCUACCUCACUGGUGAAUCUGGUCUUUAAGAACUUCCAUGUUCUGGGGCGUCUGAGUGGCUCUGUCAGUGAAGUGUCCGACUUUGGCUCAUGAAUAUCAUGGUUCGUGGGUUUGAGCCCCGCAUCAGACUCUCUGUCAGACUCUGACAGCUCAGAACCUGGAGCCUGCUUCAGAUUCUAUGUCUCCCUCUCUCUGCCCCUCCCCAGCUCAUGUUCUGUUUUCUCUCAAAAAUAAAUAAUAAAAAUUUAAAAAAUGAUAACUCCCAUGUUCUUUCUUCAUAUACGUACUCCUAGAAGCUAUUGAGCUAUGUAUGCUCAGUACCCACUGUGCUAUGGUACCCACACUCAACUCGAGAGUUUGCAGUCAAUCAAAGGGAGGUAAACUUGGCUUAAUAGAGCUGCAUCCUUUGGGAUGGCUUACAGUAGUGAAACACCCUGCCCCCAUUCUCAAAAAAUUAAAAAAAAACUUUCUCUAUUUUAUACAUUGAAGAUUAAUUAAUUUCCUUUAUGCAAACGUCUCUUAGGAGUGAUUCUCAAGCUGUGGCGUGAAUGAGAAUCCCCUGGAGAACUUGGAGAAAUGUUCCUAGACUCCAUUCCCUGAGAUUCUGGUUUAGGAGGGUUGCGGACAGAUCCCAGUAAUCUCUAUUUUGAGGAUAAUCCCAAAUGGUUCUGACACAGAUAGUCCCUGUAGAUCACACUACAGCUGGAGCUAGAAUCCCUUGGUUCAGAAUCCCAGCUCUGCCACAUUUUAUCUUGGUAAACUAGGUCAAGUUAUUUAACCUACUAUGCCUCAGUUUCCACCUUCUGUAUAAUAGGGAUAAUAAUAAUACAGAGUUUUUGUGAGGAUUAAAUCAGUUAAUUAUAUAAAGUGCUUAGUAUGCUAUCUGGACUCUUAAUUGCUCAAUGAAUGUUAGGUAGAUCAGGCCAACAAAUUAUGGAUGCCUUGAAAUAGAUUAUUUUAUAAAUUGAGUUGUAUAGGUAUUUUGGGGGGCAGGGAAUCAUUUUAAUGGAGUCGUACAAUGGUUUGUCAUUGCUAAUAGGAUAAGAAACAAUCUCCUUAAUGUGAUUGUCUAGGACCCUACAGGUCUGGCCUUUGCUUGCCGUCCAGGCUCAUCUCACUCCAUCCUUUCAGUCAUUCUCACUGCAGUCAGCUGCAUUUGGCUUCUUUCAGGUUUUCAAAGAGGACACACUCCCUCCUAGGCAAUGUGCAUCUAGACAGGCCCUUCACAUGUGCCAUUCCUUAUGUCUGAGACACUAUUCCCCUCACUUUUAAUUCAACUUUUACUCUUCCUUUAGAUCUUAGCUUAAGUAUCUCUUCCUCUGAGAUACUUUUCCUAACCUCACUAGGUUAAAUCUUUUCCUUUGUGCUCUCCUUCAUAUCCCAUAUAAAAGUUAUACUUUCAUAUUUUUUUUGCCUCCUCUAGUAAAGUUAUUUUGCCAUAGGGCAAAAACCAUGCCAGUUAGUUUUGUCACUAGCACAGUGCUUGGCACAUAAACACUCACUGUGUACGGUGGAAUAAUUGAUUACAUUUGCUUGAGGGAAGACCAGGUUGGAAUGACAUGUUUCUGUAUUUAAAAAGUGGUGAUUUGAACAGUCUCAGGAGGGUGACAGUGCAAGGGGUAGGUGUCCUCAUGGUAGAGGAGAGUAGGCAGAACAGGUUAGGGAUGUUCCAGAAAGGUAGUCAAAAAACCCCAAGAUAUCCACUGCCCUGGAGGGUGGAGAUCGUCUGGACAAUGCUGAGAAAGAUGGCCAGAGUUGGAUUUGGGUGCCAGAGAGUCAGUACAUGGAUGAGAAUUCCUUCCCAAGAUCACAAGGGCAAAAAGACAAAAUGGAAAACCAGGAUUCGGAUUCUUGAAGGAUUCUCUAACUUAUGCCAGAAUCAUAGCCUUCUUUGACACUUGACAUCUUCAGUCAGUCUUUGUACAGAGUUGAAGGCUUCCACAGACACACAGAUGAGAUUAUCACCCUCUCAGUCCCCUCUUGGGUCUGACCUGGCCAUGCAGCCAUUUAUUGCUCAGUGGUGGCCCCUGCUGUUAAUGAGAAAGAUAGCACAUCCAGAGUCUGACAUUAACUCUGGUCAUGUAACUAGCAGAAUUUGGAGAAAACAGGAGAGGAGUCAGGGGGGAUGUAAAUGGACUGAGGAAAUCCCCAAGGAGACCCCCACUGUUCAGGGUGCCUUGUGAGUUGCUAGGGCAAGAGAAGAAGCUAAGCCUAAAGAUUUUGUGCUUAAAAAUCUUCUAUAAGCUUCUCAGGUUAAUUGCUUCUCAGUUUAAUUCACAGUGCCCCCUGAGAAAUGCCAUUGCAAACUUUUAUUUGGAGCCUUUCAGGGCCAUUAGAUGACAAAUAUUUUUAAAGAGCCCCACUAACUCUUUAGGUUAACUUCUAGUAAAUUUUAAUUAGGGGUGGAGACACAGUAUUUAUGCUCGUUUACAUCCUGAAUAAGAAUCAGAGUAUAGAUCCUUCCGUAAGAAUCCUGCUGGGAUGCACUCCUGUGUACACACAUUUCUGGGCAUGUGAGCACCUCUGGCAUGUGUGUGCUAUGUAUACAAAGUAAGGCAGUUACAUGACAUUUCUGGACAAAAACUGAAUGUGAAGACAAGAAGAGAGAAAGCAAACUAACAAUCAAAUAAAAGUAGGGAGAGGGGGAGAGAUGAGAUUGCAGUUGAUUAUGGGUCUGGCAGCAGAUGUUCUACACGAAUCCAACUCGCUGCAGCCAGUCUGUUUCCAUGGCAACAGAAUCAGUAAUUAUUGAGCCCAGGCGCUCCCCCCUCCUUUCUUGCAACAAGGUGGAGGCUGAUGAAUAUGAACUAUCUCUAGCCCAUCACCAGCUCUUUCUUUUUCUUUUUCUUCCUCUUUUUCUUCCUUUUUUUUUAAAGUUCUUUAUGGGAAAAGUGGAGGUAUUGAGGAAUACCGAGAAGAGGAGCUAUGUAAUACAUAUUGAUGAAAGAGCAUAGGGCACUAAAAUUGAAAGGAAGCUAUUAUUUUUUCUCUUGUGAUACUGUAAGAGAAAAGCUCUUCCUAGAAAAGCCGAUGAUCUCUGAAGAUGCUAAAUAAAUGAGCAGGAGUUUCCCUGAAAUGGAGGCUCCCUUUGAUUGGCUGAUCUUUCUGCGAUUCCUGCCAAUCGGAGCACCCCUGGGCUCCAGCUCCAUAAACAUAAGCAAAGCUACAUGCUUAUUCUUCUGGACUCGAAGUGUGUAGCAUUCAAAGGUGUGCGGCAGGUCUCUAUUCACAUGGCUCAACUGGAAACCUAUUUCAUGAACAAGCUUACUCAGGAACCAUCUGGUAUUCCAGCACAUUGUUCUUCUAGGGGACGACUCUAAGUCAUUUGGUGGCGGCUUAGCAGCAGUAUUGUAGUUGGGAAAGAUGGACUUACGGGAGCUUGGUAAUGCAGGUGGUGAAGGAGCAGGUUAUGAGAGCUCUCACAACCAAGCCUAGCUCCCUGGAUCAGUUCAAGUGCAAACUGCAGAACCUGAGCUACACCGAGAUCCUGAAAAUCCGCCAGUCUGAGAGGAUGAACCAGGAAGAUUUCCAGUCUCGCCCGAUUUUGGAACUAAAGGAGAAGAUUCAGCCAGAAAUCUUGGAGCUGAUCAAACAGCAACGCCUGAACCGCCUUGUGGAAGGGACCUGCUUUAGGAAACUCAACUGCCGACGGAGGCAAGACAAGUUUUGGUACUGUCGACUUUCACCCAACCACAAGGUUCUGCAUUAUGGAGACUUGGAAGAAAGUCCUCAGGGAGAAGUGCCCCACGAUUCCUUGCAGGACAAAUUGCCGGUGGCAGAUAUCAAAGCGGUGGUGACGGGGAAGGACUGCCCUCAUAUGAAAGAGAAAGGUGCCCUUAAACAAAACAAGGAGGUGCUUGAACUUGCUUUCUCGAUCUUGUAUGACUCAAACUGCCAGCUGAACUUCAUAGCUCCUGACAAACACGAGUACUGUAUCUGGACAGAUGGGCUGAAUGCGCUGCUGGGGAAAGACAUGAUGAGUGAGCUGACCCGGAAUGACUUGGACACCCUACUCAGCAUGGAAAUCAAGCUCCGCCUCCUCGACUUGGAAAACAUUCAGAUCCCCGACGCACCUCCACCCAUCCCCAAGGAGCCCAGCAACUAUGACUUCGUCUAUGACUGUAACUGAAGUGGCCAGGCCCAGAAGCACCCCCUCCAAAACUGGAAAAUCUAGCUAAUGGGAGAGAAGAAUGAAAACACACCCACGCCUUGGAACCCUCUCGCGGUCAAGAGAAGCUGUGGGUCAACACUUUCUUUGGCCUCACCUCUAGCCCCAGCGUUCUUCUGCCCCUAACUGGCAUCCUGCUCACUGCCCUGAUUCUGUUUCUAGACUCCAUUGCUUUAGGUCACUUCCCAUGCUACAGUCUACUGGUGGGAGCAGAGCAAAACCCACCGCCAAUAAGAGAUCCAAAGGGCCCUUCCGUCCUAUCCCCCAUCAGGCACAUCCUCCCUCCCCGGAAUGUGUAAGCCGGCAGCUCCAGACUGCCCCCAAACCUGCCCGCCAGACGGAAGGGAGUGCCCCAGUGCUUGCGUCUGGAAGAAACAGCCUAGCUUCUCAAGAAGACCAAACACCACCUCCUCGUUCCCUUUCUCUCUAGAGUCCGCUCACACCACCAGUUCCGUGUGAAUUGAAAUAGCUUCCAAAUCCCUUCCCUCCUCCGUCCAGGCCUUUGCCUCGUGCUGUUCCUCUCUGGUCCCAAGAGCAGCAGCAGCAGCCUCGUCCUAGCUUUCGCCAGCACCGGGUCUCCCGGACACAGUCCCAGGUCCCAUGCCCACUUCACAUCUGCACUGUGACUGUGACCUACCUUCCUUCCUCGCCAGCUAGUCUUGGGUGUCCUCUCUCUGCCCCAGCCCACACCUGCCUUCUUCAUGCCUCACACCCUUCCGGCCCCUUCGCUGAAAGCACAAAUGGUGAAAUCAGUUGUCGUCCCCAUCUCUAAUAUACUAAACCUAAUGCCUCUGUGGCAGGCGGCCCCUGUCUAAAGGUUUGGUGUUACCUUGUGCUGGGGGUUCUGCUGCAAACAGGCUCCACGGGAUGGUCAAGCUGUCAGACAUCCAAGUUUACAUCACUGUAAUUAUUACAAGUAUUGACAACUUGCAAGGGUUUGGGGUUGUUGUUUUUUUGUUUUUUUGUUUUUUUUUUUUUUUUUGCUUUGUUUUUGUACAAAAGAGUCUAACAUUUUUUUGCCAAACAGAUAUAUAUUUAAUGAAAAGAAGAGAUACAUAAAUGUGUGUACUUUCAAGGUUUUUUUUAAUUAUUAUUUUAAUCCUAAACAUCUUCCUGAGAAUAACAUUCCCUUACACAUGCUGUGGAAUAAAAUUAAUUGUGAUGA